AUGUCUGUCAUUCUCUGCACAGCUGGAUAUGAUCAUACUAUCAGAUUCUGGGAGGCUUUGUCGGGUAUCUGUUCGCGCACAAUUCAACAUCCUGACUCCCAAGUCAACCGCCUCUGCAUCUCCCCCGACAAGCGAUACCUUGCCGCCGCUGGGCAUCACACUGUCAAGCUUUACGAUAUAAAGUCAACGAAUCCGAACCCUUUACUGACCUUCGAGGGUCACACCGGUAACAUCACUGGCGUCGCCUUUCACUGCGAGGGAAAGUGGAUGGUAACUAGCUCCGAAGACGGCACGGUCAAGAUCUGGGAGACGAGGACCGGAUCGAUUCAACGGAGCUAUAACCAUGGCUGCCCUGCGAACGACGUUGUGAUCCAUCCAAACCAGGGCGAGAUUAUCAGUUGCGACAGAUCGGGAAGCGUUAGAGUGUGGGAUCUGGCCGAGAACAACUGUUCUCACGAGCUUAUCCCCGAGGAGGACGUCUCAGUCUCGAGCGUCACCGUGGCUAGCGAUGGCUCUCUGCUAUGUGCUGCUAACAACGCUGGCAAUGUAUUUGUGUGGAAUCUCAUUCAGAGCUUCGACCGCACGCAGUUAGUGCCAGUUACGCACUUUAACGCCCAUAAAGAAUACAUCACCCGUAUUCUUCUAUCCCCAGACGUCAAGAAGCUGGCCACCUGUAGCGCAGACCACACAGCCAAGAUCUGGGAGGUGAAGAAUAUUGAGCCGACUCCAGAUCAGGAGCCUAAGCCAUAUCCUCUCGAGGCCACCCUCACCGGUCACCAGCGGUGGGUAUGGGACUGUGCGUUCAGCGCCGACUCUGCGUACCUAGUUACGGCCUGUUCGGACCAUUACGCGAGAUUGUGGGAGCUACAUAGCCAGCAGAUCAUCAGACAGUACAAUGGGCACCAUAGAGGAGCUGUAUGUGUUGCAUUGAACGAUUACUCGGAAACAAGAUGA